UACAACCAAAGAGUCGUCUUCUCACUUUCCCCUCUCCAUCUCCUGUCUCUGCAUAUUCCGAUCCAGUUCUCCUCCUCCGGCGGCCCACCACCAUGGAGUCUCUCCCACACGACGCCCUCCACCACAUCUUCUCCCUCCUCCCCCUCCCUCAGAUCAUGAUCUGCCGCUCCGUCAGCAAGCACCUCCACCAAGUCCUCACCUCCCCCUCCUUCAUCCACCUCAUCUCCACCCACUCCCCUCCCCUCCGCCUCCUCGCCCUCCGCCCUCCCCACCACCGCCACCACCACCUCUCCUCCCCUCCCUCCCUCCACGUCUUCGACCCCGACCUCCACCGCUGGCUCCGCUUCCCCCUCGAUUUCCUCCCCUUCCGCUCCCCCCACCCCGUCGCCUCCUCCUCCGGCCUCCUCUACCUCUGGGCCGACUCCCCCGACUCCACCACCAAGUCCCUCGUCGUCUGCAACCCUCUCACCCGCCGCUUCCUCACCUUGCCUCAGCUCGGCUCCGCCUGGUCAAGGCACGGCUCCGUCCUCGUUGACUCCGCCACCCGCGUCAUGGUCCUCACCGAGCUCGCCGCGCUUUACUUCUCCGCCGCCGCCGGCAACCACUGGCUCAAAUUCUCUUCCAAUCUUCCCUCCAAGCCCCGCAGCCCGAUCCUCGUGGCCGACUCGGUCUUCGCUCUCUGCGACGUCGGCUCGCCGUGGAGGAGCCAGUGGAAGCUUUUCGCCUGCGCCAUUUCGAAGCUGAGGAGCUCGCAGACGUGGACGAGGCUCGAGAAGCAGGAGUGGGGGGACGUGUUCGACAUUUUGAAACGGCCUCGUUUGGUUCGCGGAAAUGGGACCAAGAUCUUGAUGGUUGGGGGAUUGAAGUCUUCGUUUUCGCUGAACUCGGCGUGCUCGACGAUUCUGAUACUGAGGCUGGAUUUGGAUAGCUGGGAGUGGGACGAGGCGGGCCGGAUGCCGGUGGAUAUGUUUAAGUGUUUUCAGGAGUGUAGCAAGUUCAAGGUGUUUGGUGGCGGCGACAGGGUUUGUUUUUCGGCUAAGAGAUUGGGGAAGUUGGCUUUGUGGGACAAUUGUCCGGGGAAAGCAGAGUGGCGGUGGAUUGAUGGCGUUCCCGGAAGUGGCGAUGGGCUUUGCAGGGGGUUUGUUUUUGAGGCCAGGCUCACCCCAUUGCCUUGAUCAGUUGAGUGAUGAAGGUUUCAGCUUGUGAUGCCAGUUAGAGGUUGGUACUUGUUCACUGAAAAACACUCCAAUGUUGUUGUAUUAUUAUCAUUGAAUUCGAGAACCUGUUGUAUUGUUAUUUGAAUUUCGUAAUGCAAAUCUACAGAAUUCUAUGUCUCAGCAAA